AUGGAGGCGAGCACGGGCAUCCGGGAGGGUCGGUACCGCGAACAGAACGCCGCAUUCCACGGCGUGCGCCAUAGCCUGUGGACCUCGGGCAAGAGGGGCAGCGGCGGCGGUGGGGAAUAUGAACACGUCGAGCUGGAUGAGGUCGGGCUUAUCAAUCGCCCUGCAAAUGUUGUGAGCGUCGAGAGCAGCCAGCCGGGGCACCAGACGCCUGGAAGCUCGCAUGGGGACGUCGAGGUUACGAGAGGGGUCAGGGUGGAUUCAGCUAGUAUUGUAGGUGGAAUUGCUAUCAGUCUCAAGCGAAGUGACACCCCUCCCUUUCCCAACGGGCCCGUCCGCCGGUCGUCUGUGGCGAAGGUUAUAGAAGAGUAA